AUCUGAUUGGAAAAGGCAAAACACAGAAAGCAAUUCACAACAAUAACAAACAAUUAAAUGCUUAAGAAAACAAAAUGUCGUCGAGUGGCAGAAACAAGCAAAGUGGCAAGUUAGCAAAUCUCCGACUUCUGGGCGACGAGGAUCGGGACAAACUGCUCGGCACUCCGCGGCUGCCAAAUGUCGGUCCUGGCAGCAAGCAACCUGCUCAGGAUCGCCUCAAGCGGCUGCAGACCAACUUGAAGCGGGUGCAGGACAAUAAGCCAACCAAGGAGAAGGAGAAGGAGAUCAAGCGUACCACGCGCAGCUCCUCCACAAGCGCCCAGGUUAGACCUGCGAUUCCAGCGCCCAGGCGACGAGCAAGUGUCUCCGUGACCCCGGUGAUCACAGCCACGCCGCCAAGACCCUUGGCGCAGCGCCUCAGGGGGCCAGGGACCAAGGGCUUGUCACCCAAGAAUGCCUGGGAGAAGCCAAAGGCGCUGCUGGAUGCCAGCAAUCGCCUGAAGGAGCCAACUGCUCCAAGUGCCAAUCAGCGUCUAACGCUGUUGAGAGCCUCCCUGCAGCAGAAGCAGCUGGCCCAAGAGCGCAACAACAAUGAUAUUAGCAAGCCCAACGAAAAGGGCUUGAAAAAACAUGUAGAAAACAAUGAUUCCGCCAAGCAAAGCGCAUUUAGCGAAGUGGAGCCCGAGCCCAUGGAGUGGGAGGAGUCCAUUGAAGUUGUGCCUCCAAAGCAGGAGGAUGACAUCCUGCUCAUGCGUCAGGCCAGCGAUGGCGAGGAGUUGCCCACUCGUCUGGUGGAUCACAUGUACUUCGUGCUGGACACCAACGUCCUGAUGCACGACAUCAAGUUCGUGGAGAGUCUCACCGAGGUGGUGCUGCCGGGCACGGUGGGAAGCAUGCUGUACAUUCCCUACAUAGUCAUCAGGGAGCUGGACAAGCUGAAGGGGCAGCGCCCUUCGGAGGAUCCAAAGCGGCUGAUCGCCGUGCGAGCCAUACGCUAUUUAAACAAAAAAUUCGAUGAGACCUUGGAAAUACAAGCUCAAUCCGCCGUGGAGGAGGCGGAGCACCUGGUCGAAGUGGACUGCCCGGACGACAGCAUCGUCAACUGCUGCCUGCAGCUGAGCGAGCAGGUGCCGAACAUGAUGCUCCUCACCAACGAUGCCAAUCUCCGCCUGAAGGCCAACGCCUCGGGCAUCCAGGUCUCCUGUCGCUCCGAUCUGAUGGCCGCCCAUCCCGCUGAGUUUGCCGCCCUGGGCGAUUAGCUCGAAUCCGUAAUGGAUCCAAUACUAUAGUAUACAAAAGACUACAACUGCGAUUGUGAUAUGGGAUCCGGAUGGAUCCACCAGUCAAACCACUGCACCGCAACACGAAUGAAGUACAAUCAAUACACUCAAAUCGCAUCACAUUUACUUUUACGAGUGCCACCGGCGAUGUUCAUUGAAGACUAUAGUCUCGCAUAUAAGAUAUUACUGCCUUUUUGCUACCUGAAAUAAAGUUUGUUUUCUUGAAGAUA